CAUUGCAGAAAUACAGAAAGAUGUGGAAUAUCGACUGCCAUUCACUGUAAACAACUUGACAAUUAAUAUUAACAUUUUGCUUCCACCUCAGUUUCCUCAGGAAAAACCAGUCAUCAGUGUUUUCCCACCUGUGAGACAUCAUUUAAUGGACAAGCAGGGAGUAUACGUGACUGGUCCAUUAAUAAGUAAUUUUACAAUGCAUUCAGAUCUUGGAAAAAUUAUUCAGAGUUUACUGGAUGAGUUUUGGAAGAAUCCUCCAGUUCUAGCUCCUAGCUCAACAUCAUUUCCAUACCUUUUCAACAAACCAGCUGGAAUGCCUCCUUUUGCUCCUCAGGGGUUUCCAUUUCUCCCUCCAUAUCCACCUCAAGAAACAAACAGAACAAUGGCAGCCAUGCCUGUUUCAGAAUCAGUUUCUUCAAGCUACACUACAGACAAGCCUGCUGCUCCCUCCUAUGGCUUAAUUGCUGACCUGCCACUGCCUGUUCCGACAGCAGAAGCAGUGCUUCAGGUUGGCCAGAACGGAUUUACAUACAAGAUGCCUGAUGUUCCUGAUACCUUUCCAGAACUCUCAGAACUAAGUAUAUCACAGCUGACCAGUAUGAAUGAGCAGGAGGAGGUGUUACUGGAACAGUUUGUGACUCUUCCACAACUGAAGCAAGUAAUUACUGAUAGAGAUGAGUUAGUGAAAAGCAUUGAAGAGCUGGCAAAAAAAAAUCUGUUGCUGGAGCCUAGUCUCGAGGCAAAAAGACAGACAGUGUUGGAUAAGUAUGAGCAACUCACACAAAUGAAAGCAGCCUUUGAAAAAAAGAUGCAAAGACAGCAUGAACUCAGUGAGAGUUGCAGUCCAAGUGCUCUGCAGGCCAGACUUAAAGUAGCUGCUCAUGAAGCUGAGGAGGAGUCUGACACUAUUGCAGAAGACUUCUUGGAAGGCAAAACAGAGAUAGAUGACUUUCUUAGUAGUUUCAUGGAAAAGAGAACGCUCUGCCACUGCAGACGAGCCAAAGAGGAAAAACUUCAACAGGCAAUAGCAAUGCACAGCCAAUUUCAUGCUCCGCUAUAGAAAUUUGUCUUUACAGACUUCCUGCAAACUACACCUGCCAAGAGAACGAAUGAAAAUCCCAAUAAAGCACACUUUUUAAUAACUAUUAUUUGCAAAUAAGCAUUUCAUCUUAUCUGGUUGUAUUUAUAGAAGAGAUUGUAUACAGAGUUGGGAUGGUUUUUGUACAAAUUAGAAUGUCUCUUUAUAUUCUCAUUGUACUCAAGAAUUCUUCUAUUGCAAUCUUUGCAUUAAUUUCUUGUAUUUAUUGUUGAUAGUUAUAAUAUUUAAGUUCCCUGCUGCUAUUCUCCAUUAUUCAGAGAUUAAAUAUCUAAACAUGUAAUUUUGACUAGCUUUUUACAUUUUUAUAAAAACAUAAUUCAUAUCUUUUGUAUUUUGAACUUUAACCAUAGAUUUGGCUUAAUCUGUGGAAGACUUUAAGUGUUGAUGGGACUUCGGAAACUAAAAAGUUCUUAAUGGAGAUUGCCAGUGGAUUCACAAGCUGACUUUUCUUGAAGCCAAAAUAUUAAAGAACAAGUUUUUUUACUUCUAAGUAAUAAUAGAAAACUAAGUAUAGCUUGUAUUGUGUUUUGGAUAAGUAGACUGGGGAUUAAGCAAAGGAUGUGUUGGAACAAAUUUUAUUUGAAUCAAUAUAGAAUAAAUGAUAUCUGCAUAGAUUUGAUAUGUUGCUUAGUAGCACUGAUGCACUGAUUUCAAGAGUGGCUUGGUACCUACCACUAAUUAAACACAAUUUUCAUCUAACUAUUUUCUUUUUUUUUUUUUUUAUUCAUAAAGGAAUAAUAAUCAGGUCGCCUUCCUGUUUCUGUUUUAUGCAAUAUAAAUACAUUCAUCAUGUGAGGAACUCAGAAGAAAGACUUUAUAAAGACUAGUUCUGGGGUUCUUUGGAAAAUACUUAUUUUUUCCUAAUUUUAAGAAAUAAAAAAACUAAUUCAGUUGUA